AUGGACACCCUCGUUGCGCGGUACAGCCGCCCGACCUACACCCAGAAUGAGCUGUUCACAGAGCAGGAGCAGGAGGAGUUCGCCGCCGGGUCUAUUCCCAACCUUUCGCUGAAGUUUGCCAUGCCGCCCGUAGCUCAGCCCUCGGCCUGGCUCCGCGCAGCAACCGACGACCGCUCCAACCCCCACUGCCCCAUCAAGAUCGCCCACGGCACCACCACGCUCGCCUUCCGCUUCCAGGGCGGCAUCAUCGUCGCGACCGACUCCCGCGCCACGGCCGGCAACUGGAUCGCCUCCCAGACGGUCAAAAAGGUCAUCGAGAUCAAUUCCGACCUCCUCGGCACCAUGGCCGGCGGCGCCGCCGACUGCCAGUACUGGCUCGCCUGGCUCGGCAUGCAGUGCCGCCUCCACGAGCUCCGCCACAAGAGGAGAAUCUCUGUCGCGGCCGCGAGCAAGAUCCUCGCCAACCUGGUGUACCAGUAUAAGGGCAAGGGCCUGUCGAUGGGCACUAUGUGCGCCGGCGUCACCAAGGAGGAAGGGCCGGCGCUGUAUUAUAUUGACAGCGACGGCACGAGGCUGGCGGGGAACCUGUUUUGCGUCGGGUCCGGCCAGACGUUUGCGUAUGGCGUGCUGGAUGCCGAGUACAGGUACGACUUGACGGUGGAGGAGGCGCUGGAGCUGGGGAGCAGGAGUAUCUUGGCUGCCACGCACAGGGAUGCGUACUCGGGUGGGUUUAUCAACUUGUAUCAUGUCAAGGAGAGCGGGUGGGAGAAGCACGGGUUUACGGACACGAACCCGGUGUUUUGGAAGACGAAGCUGGAGAAGGGCGAGUUUAGCAAUGUUACGAGUGAUUUCUCGGAGGAGGUUUAGAGGGUAGGGAGGAGCGUUCUGGUUUUUACUUGCACAAGAAAUGGGGUAAAUUAGGGGCGUUGGUAAUGCAUGAAACGAUGAAUUAAAGCAGCAAUCAAGACGUUAAAUAAAGAGGAUGCGUGUGUAUGAUAACCACGGCACUCUUUACCACCACCCUGGUUGCUUUUUAGCUCCUCAAGCUUAUAUCUCAUAGAUUUAGAACGCUAAUG